GGAAAUGAGGUCAUAGUUCGAGACGAGUCACACUCAGCGGAAGUUGUUGGCUGCUGCCAGGAGAUAGCAGCAGCGGUUCGCAAGUUAUCAAAUGUGCUACAGGUCUUUUCGCAUCAAAAUCAUUAAAAUGUCAAUAUAAUAGCUUAAAAACAUGGAUCCGUCACUUCUGGAAACGUUAUAAUAAUCCGAAUCGAUUGAAGAACAACGCAGCAUUCACAUUUCAAACCCGGAAGUUUUGUUCAGCUAGCAUGCUAGCUUGUAGCAGCUAACCAGACACAAUGAGUGCCAAAUUCGGCCUGAUGAACUACAACAACGCCCGGAAGCACCUGUCUAUCUCCAUCCCGUCUUCCAGCGAGGUCAUGAUGUCUCCGCACAUUAAGUCUGUGGAGGAGCUGAGAGUGCUAGGCAUCAACCUGAGCAGCUUCAACACAGCUACCCAGUUCUGCAUCUGCACGGCGGGUGUCUUCCUCUUUUACCUCAUCUAUGGCUACCUACAAGAGCUCAUAUUUUCCGUGGAGGGUUUCAAGCCCUUCGGAUGGUACCUCACCCUGGUACAGUUUGGGUUCUACUCCCUGUUUGGACUGGUGGAAUUGCAGCUCACACAGGACAAACGGAGAAGAAUACCAGGGAAGACGUACAUGAUCAUAGCAUUUCUAACGGUGGGGACCAUGGGCCUAUCAAACACCUCACUGGGUUACUUGAAUUAUCCUACACAGGUCAUCUUCAAGUGCUGCAAACUCAUUCCUGUCAUGAUAGGAGGCGUAUUCAUUCAAGGGAAACGCUACAAUCUGGCUGAUGUAUCUGCUGCUCUCUGUAUGAGCCUGGGACUCAUCUGGUUCACCCUAGCUGACAGUAAAGUCGCCCCCAACUUCAAUGCAACCGGGGUCCUCCUCAUCUCUCUGGCUCUGUGCGCUGAUGCUGCCAUUGGGAACGUGCAGGAGAAAGCCAUGAAGCUCCAUAAUGGCUCUAACUCUGAAAUGGUUUUGUAUUCCUAUUCCAUCGGUUUUGGGUACAUAUUGACAGGCCUGUUGGGUGCAGGUGGAUUGGGACCAGCAGUGGCCUUUUGCUCUCAGCAUCCUGUGACAACAUACGGUUAUGCAUUCUUCUUCUCUCUCACGGGGUACUUUGGCAUUUCAUUUGUGCUGGCCUUGAUCAAACUCUUUGGAGCCCUGGUAGCAGUCACAGUAACGACUGGACGUAAGGCGAUGACGAUUGUACUAUCCUUUAUGUUUUUCUCCAAGCCUUUUACUUUUCAGUACCUAUGGGGUGGACUUUUAGUGCUGCUCGGCAUCUUCCUGAAUGUUUACAGCAAAAACAAAGACAAAAUGAAGCUGCCAUCUUUGGCGGACCUCAGGAAUAUGUUUCUGACCGGGAAGAAGGUCAGGCUGCUAUCACAGAACGUGUAGUAAAAGGGACCUGUGGUGGGCAGGAUAAACAAACAUUUCUCUAACGUUCCUAUCCAACGUGGACCUAAUAACAGUGGGCUCCUAAGACAUUCCUUGGCCACAUAGCUCCACAGAAACAUUCCCAGGAGGAGAAAGUGGACACGGAGCACCUGCGAGACUCUGAAAGGGAAGCUGACUCCCUAGCUAACCCAAAUAGCACAGUUCUGCACUGUAAGUGACUCUAUGACUUUAGCCUGAGCAAGACGAAGGGGGACGAAACGGUUGAAAGAGAAUAUAUUGACAUUUAUUGAACUGAUCAUGUCCGAAAUUGAAUGCACCAAAAAUAUAUAUAUCUUAAAUGGCAUAUUUUCACCUGCAUGUGCCAGAAGACAAAAACUAAUGUUUUACUCAAUCACUGUCUGAGAAAUGUGUCUUCUCAUGGUUUCUUUGUAAUUUAUAUCCGAUUGUACAAAAGACCGCUCAACAGCACAGUGACAUCUUGAAGUGUGGGGCGGGCUAUGCUCGGAAGUAUAUCAACGUGUCAACGGCCAUAUUUGCGAACCGUUUGUUUUGUUGAAAUUGUAGCUCUUUUUACAUUAAACAAACUGGGAAGUUUAUCCAAAA